CGUAACGUCUUAUUAACGCGCACCUUCAUACAUCGCUCUGGUAGUUUUCUGUCGUUUCUUCUUUCAACCUGGCAACUUCGCUUCUUGAUUUAUACUCCAGGAGCAAAAGAGAGGGAGAGAUGGCUAAACAGACUAGCUUGCGCUUCAACAACAGAGUCGGGCUCGUUGUGCUGCUAGCCGUAGCUCUUCUUGUUCUCCUCUUCCUCCUCUCAAGAGGCCGCGGGGGUCCAAACCGCUACGUGGACGAGACCAUCAAAAUCUCCGAGCUCCUCGCGGCCGCCGUCCAACUCGCCGAGGCGGGCGGGGAUAAAAUCGUGGAGAUCCGAAAAAUGGACGACAAGCAGAUAGGCCAGUUGACCAAGGGACUUACGAAAGAGGGGCGAGACGAAUACGUAACUCUGGGCGACCAGUUGUCGCACGAGGUAAUAUCCUCGGGGUUCCGAAGGCUCUGGCCUCGUCUGCAGUUUCGGUCGGAGGAGAAUGAUCACGCAGUGGGUGUGUCGCGUGUCAAGGUCGACCUGGUUGACCCCGAGAUUUUGUCUAUUGUGAGGAGAGACGAGGCUGUUGCUAUGGACCAGGUGGCGGUGUGGAUCGACCCUCUAGACGCCACUCAAGAGUACACUGAAGGAGUGAAGGACCCCGAACUACUGAAGUACGUGACUGUCAUGAUCUGUGUCGCAGUGGAAGGAAAACCCAUUGCCGGCGUCAUACACGAGCCUUACACGGAGGACCCCAGAACUGGAAUAGCGGGUGUGACAAAAUGGGCGUGGGUUGGUCACGGGUGUCCCAAGACCCUCCAGAGAGAUAUAGUGUCGGAAAGGGAGCCAACACGACGGAUCGGUGAAGAGCCGCUAAUGCUACACGGUCACGAACGAGCCAUCACGCAGAUCAGAUACAAACUGAAGGGGAUCUCUUGUUCUCGUUGCCAAAGACAGCAAACCGACAGUCUGGUAUUCCAGUACGGAGAGAGGCUGGGGACCUUCAAUGGCCACAUGGAGCAAUAUGGUGCAUGAUGUCAACCUGCGACACAAGUCGCGGUCCUCACGGGCCUCGGCAGACACUCCACUCGCUGUGGGACUGCGAGACGGGCACACGCUGAGCGAGUUGAAACCGGUCUCGCCGUACGGUCUUGCAUGCUCGCGUACUCCAGUAACUGUUGUCUAUACUCACUGACGCCACCAUGGGCAGCGGGCUGUGUGAGAUGAUCGCUACGACGUCGGGACCUCGCGGCUCCGUUAGGGUCAUUCCAUGAAGGUUCGAGGAUCUCGGCAGCCGUGUGGGGCCGUUUGAUGAAUUCCUCAUCACGGCCAUGGAGAACGUGCAUAUGUCGCUAUGACGUCACCAGAUCAGGACACUGUCUCAGUCGGUGAGGGCACAAGGCCCUCAUAUCAGACCUGCAGCCGCCCUCGUCAGACCAGAUCAUUAUCGUCACCGCCUCCAAAGAUAACACGGCCAAACUCAUGGCUCUGAGAAUCUCGAGGUUCUGAAGACGUACAGGACCGAGAGACCCGUCAACAGUGCCGCCAUCUCUCCCCCACCAAGGAUCAUGUGUGUUGGUGCGCGAGGACAGGAGCUAGGGUAGGAUUACCCGCGACAGACACAGGCGGGAAUUCGACGCCAUGUUCUACCACUUGAUCUACGAGGAGGAGAUCGGGGGUCAGUCACUUGACUAAUUCACCAAUAAUUCCCUGAAAUUCCAUCCUGACGGAAAGAGCUACAGCAGCGGUGGAGAAGAUGGCUACGUCAGAGUACACACUUUGACUCGAGCUACUUUGAAUUUGAAUUCUGACACACCCACUACUGUGUGUCUGUGUUAUUAUAAUUAUGGCAUUGUUGAUGAUUCCGUUGCUGUUUUUGUGAAGGAGACAAACGGAAAGGUCACGGCAAUAACUAACUAGUCACUCUUACAGA